AUGGCCCGCCCGUCCCAGAUUCUAUUCCUCCUCAUCCUCCUGCUAUGCACAAUCCUUCUUCCCUAUUGUACAGUUAACGGCGAACCACUCAAACGAGUACCAAGACAGAUUGAUGAUGCAUCAGAAGAUUUGGCAAUCGGUGGCUCCGAUCCGGAUCACGUUCAAAUCACUCCAGCCCCGGCGCCAGCAAGCGUAAAAGGCCCCGGUCCGUUCCUUCAACCGAACAUUAUUUCCGGUCCCCGCGGUCCAUCUGGAGAACCAGGUCCCCCAGGUCCUCCUGGACCUCCCGGACCACCGGGUAAGGUGGGAGAACAAGGUCCACCAGGUCCAGCUGGAAGUGAUGGCAUUCGUGGUCCACCCGGUCCACCCGGAGAUCCUGGCGUCGAUGGAAAACCCGGACAAGAUGGUGAUCCAGGACUUCCCGGUCCUCAAGGUCCUCAAGGUCAAAUAGGUCCUAUCGGUAUGAUCGGUCCCGGCGGAUUGCCUGGUCCAGUCGGACCACCCGGAUUGAAAGGUAGCAAAGGAGCUCCCGGACCAGGUGGUGGUGUGGGUGAACGUGGUGAAGUUGGUUUGCCUGGACCGAUGGGUCCGCCCGGUCCGAAAGGUCCACUCGGUCUGCCCGGUGCUCAAGGUCCUGUUGGAGCAGUCGGUUUCCAAGGCCCAGACGGUCCAGUUGGUCAAAUGGGUCCAACCGGUUUGCAAGGUCCACCGGGAACAAGUGGCAUGAUUGGCCCGGUCGGUUUGAAAGGUGAUGACGGUCCUCCCGGUAUCCCAGGCUCUCCCGGUGAUCCUGGUGACCCCGGCAUAGAUGGUGGACCUGGAAGCCCCGGCGAACGUGGAGCCCCGGGUAUUCCCGGUAAAGAUGGACAGAUAGGACCGAAAGGUGAACGCGGAAGUCCCGGACCUAUGGGUCCACGCGGUGCCACCGGAAUUCGUGGUGUGCCCGGAGCACCCGGUGCUCAGGGAUCAUUAGGUGCCAAAGGUUCACAAGGUAUCCCCGGCCCGCAGGGUCCGACCGGUCCACCAGGACCAAUGGGACCUCCUGGUGAUAUCGGUGAUGUGGGUCCUUAUGGGCCAGUGGGUGAUGAAGGCAAGCAAGGACCACGCGGUCCAAUGGGUGAACGAGGUGCGCAGGGUGAUACUGGCAUGGUUGGUGCACCGGGUAUGCCCGGCAACCCUGGUCUGGAUGGAUUACCAGGUAAACCAGGAGAACAAGGUAAAGAUGGUGAACCGGGUCGACCGGGUCUUCGAGGACCAACCGGAUUGCCUGGAUUGGCUGGAAAAGAUGGUGAGCCUGGACCACAAGGUUAUCCGGGUCUUAAAGGUCAGGACGGUUCUCCCGGACUGCGCGGCGAUAUUGGACCGAAAGGACCCCCGGGUAAACCUGGAGAUGAUGGUGAAACUGGAGCUGCUGGGCCUCCUGGACCACCCGGACCUCCAGGCCCAUCAGGAAUUCCAGGACCUCGAGGAAAUCGUGGACCCACUGGUGAUGUCGGUGAAACUGGUUCACCUGGAGUGACCGGCAGCCGAGGCACAGCCGGAACUCGUGGACGUCGUGGUAAAAUCGGACCCGCCGGUAAGGAAGGUGAAGCCGGUGCUCAAGGCGAACGUGGCCCCCCCGGUCCGGCUGGUCCCACAGGUCAACCAGGAGCGGUCGGUCCACAAGGCCCACCUGGUCAGAAAGGUCCAACCGGUCGUGACGGUAAAGUUGGCAUGGACGGAAAACCCGGAUCUCGGGGUCCGGCUGGUGCCCCUGGACCGAUGGGUGAUCGCGGCGAACCAGGUUACCCAGGUUUACAAGGUCCUAAGGGUGAAGCUGGCGCACAAGGUCCACCUGGUCGUAUCGGUCCUGCUGGCACUCCUGGUGUUCGUGGAUCAGUCGGUCAAACCGGUCUUCGAGGUCUGAAGGGACCACGUGGACCACCCGGUGUGGAUGGUGCUCCUGGUGAAGAUGGUGACCCCGGUGAGCCUGGCUCCCCCGGUGAAGCCGGACCUCGCGGACCAAUCCUUGUUCAGGGUCAAACAUAUCAACAAGUUGCCGGACCAAAAGGCGAAAAGGGUCAGCCGGGUUAUGCUGGCCCUCGCGGUCGUCCGGGCAAUCCAGGACCCGUUGGAGAUCCAGGCCCAAUGGGAGAACCUGGUCCUCCGGGAGAAGACGGUCCAAUGGGUUUGGAGGGCAUGCGAGGACGCAAUCCGGGAAGAGCUGGAAAACCAGGACCUCGCGGCCCACCAGGUCCGCAAGGUCCAGCUGGCAAGAUGGGUGACACAGGCAACCCUGGACCUCCAGGUCCUUCAGGUAUCCCUGGCCCUACUGGAGAACCGGGUCUACCUGGUCUUGAAGGAGUGAAUGGAACAAUUGGCUCUCCGGGUGCACCGGGAUUGCGAGGUGCCCCAGGUCCACGUGGUCCUGCCGGUCCUCCAGGUGCAGACGGUCUUAAAGGUCCCCCUGGUGAAGAUGGGCCUCCGGGUUUGAGAGGUCAAGUUGGACCGCGAGGCGCGCAAGGAAACGACGGAUCUCCAGGUCCACAGGGAAAAAUGGGUGCACCAGGUCGACCAGGUCCUGCUGGUCCUGCCGGUCCAAUGGGUGCUCCUGGUCCUCAAGGUAAAGCUGGCCCAGCUGGUAAGGAAGGACCUCCUGGAUUGUCUGGACCACCUGGUCCUCCUGGAGCUCUCGGUCCGGAUGGUGACAUUGGUCCCCCAGGUCCUCCCGGUGAACAAGGUCCGCAAGGUAGUCAGGGAGCUGCUGGUGAACGUGGUCCACAAGGACCUCCAGGUGAAGUUGGUGAAAAGGGUCCGACUGGACUGAGUGGUGCACCUGGUAUUCCUGGACCAGAUGGACCAAGCGGAGAACGCGGUGACUCCGGCGAUCCUGGACCAGAUGGAGCCCCUGGUCCGAAAGGUCAACUCGGUUUACCAGGAUUCCCCGGUCGACCAGGAAUUGACGGCGCUCCCGGACGUCAGGGUAAAGCAGGCGCACCUGGACACAAAGGUUGGACUGGACCACCAGGAGAUCCCGGUCUACCUGGUAACCCGGGUCAACCAGGAUUGCCCGGGCCACGAGGUUAUAUGGGACCAUCAGGCUUACCAGGUGAAGUCGGUCCUGCUGGUUUGCCUGGUCUACCCGGAGAAGCUGGCUUUAUCGGAGAACCCGGUCCAAUGGGCCCUCCAGGUCCGGUUGGAAAAGAUGGACCUCGUGGUUCACCUGGUCCAAUGGGUAAUGAAGGUCCUCCAGGUCCUCCAGGACCACCUGGACCUCCAGCCAUGGGAUUGGGAUACGGAAAGAUGAUGAGGGACGUCGUGGCCAUACAACUGCACAUGCCAAAUGGAACACGUAAAUAUCCUGCUCGAUCAUGUCGGCAUCUUGCUCAAUCAUAUCCUUCACUUCCAGACGGUCGUUACUGGAUCGAUCCUAACGGUGGUUCGGCGAAAGACGCAGUGGAAGUGUUUUGUCGUAUGCAGUCCCGGCAAACUUGUCUGGAACCGACUAUCCAAUCAUACGAUCUGAGUGAGAUUUAUUCCACCACCAGCGACGAUCAAGUGUGGUUCACCAAGAUUCGUGGAGAAGAUCGAUUUACCUAUGGUAUGCCGGAUGAACAAAUAAACUUUUUGAAAGUACUUGCCUCCCGAGCCGUACAAUCGGUGACCGUGCUGUGCAACAAUGUGAAUUUGACCGGAUCAAAUGGUGUCCAGUUCUUCUCGGACAAUGACCGUGUGUUUAGUGAGGACGGACCACUUCUGCGCUACACUACUGUGGACAACGGAUGCCAGGGCAACGGCAAAUCCACAUUCGAGAUUGAUACCCGAGCUCAACGGCUUCCCAUUCGUGACAUGAUUCUGACUGAUCAGUCAAACGCCAAUGGUCAAGCACAAAUCGGUCUGGAGUUGGGACGUGUGUGUUUCCAAUAG